GGUGACCCGGAAGCGAAAGAGGAGACACAAGAAGUGCAGACUUUGGACACAGAGGUCGACGACAGAGACAGAGAUGAGACGGAAAGACCGGAAGAUAUGUCGGAAGUAGAAGAGGGCGGAGAGAGUGGUGUCGGAGAAGAGGUUGACAGAGAAGACAGCGUUGAUUGUGAACCGAUUGCCAGCACUAGUAGUUCGGGUGAUAAGAGUGUCUGCAAUGAGCGCCAAUUUGUGUGUUUUUGGCCCAAUUGUGGCAAACGAUUCGCUCGAAAAGAUAAUCUCAAAGAACACAAGAGUGCCGUCCAUUUGAAGCUUAAGAGAUUCAGAUGCGAUGUCGAGGGUUGUGGUCAACUAUUUUUUCAGAAGUCUAAUCUCAAUGAACACAAACGCCUGCAUUCGGGAGAAAAGCCAUUCAAAUGUGAUUUCAGUGAUUGCGGUCAAUGUUUCGCACGAAAAGAGAUUUUAAUUCAACACAAAAAUGCCGUCCAUUUAAAGCUCAAGAGAUUCAGAUGUGAUGUCGAGGGCUGUGGUCAACGGUUCACUCAGAAGUUUAAUCUCAAUUUACACAAACUUUCAGUUCAUUUGAAGGAAAAGAGAUUUAAAUGCGAUCACAAGGGAUGUGGUCUGAGGUUUGUGAGGGCUAGAGAUGUAAUUCGUCACAAUCGGGUCCACUCGGGAGAGAAACCAUUUGUCUGCGAUGUCAUGGAUUGCGAUAAACGCUUUGUACGGAAAGAGAAUUUUAAAAAACACAAAAAUACGGUUCAUUUGAAACUCAAACCAUUUGUUUGUAAUGAAGACAAUUGCGGACAAAAAUUUGCUGACAAAUCGACAUUAAAUCGUCACAAACGUAUUCAUACGGGAGAAAAGCCAUACGUUUGUGACGACAAAGAUUGCGGCAAACGUUUCACUGAUCCGUCAAAUUAUAGACGACAUGAACGCAAACAUUUGACGAACAAA